AUGAAUUACAUAUGGAUUACAGUCGCUGUUUUUCUCGUGUUGAGAGCAGAGGCAGCAACCGGGAAAACAAAUGCUAAAGUCAGUAGAUUCCUUUAUAGUCAUCAUGAUAAUCAGCCUGAUUACCAUAAAGUGGACCAUUGUUCAAGACAUCCGUGUCAAAACGGAGGAACUUGCGAAAAUCACUCUUUGUACGCAACAUGUAGGUGCACAGAUGCUUACACAGGAAAACAUUGUGAAACAUUAAAAGACCACUGUGCAAGCCAUCCCUGUCAACAUGGUGGAACAUGUCACAAUGAGAUGUCUUAUCACCUUUUUUCGAUGGCUCAAUACAGAUGCGAGUGUCAAACAGGCUGGAUGGGUUUUAGCUGCGAAAUCGUUGAUCCCUGUUCAAACAAUCCAUGCCAAAAUAGCGGUACAUGCCAUCAUUCUUUACAUCACCGACACGGAUAUUAUUGCGCGUGCAGGACCGGAUAUGUUGGAGAUUAUUGUGAAACAGAUGUUAGCACUACGUCAGAUCCAUGUGGAGACCAACCAUGCAAAAAUGGAGGUGGGUGUAAAAGCACAGGAGGUAGUUAUGUGUGCACGUGCCCUCCUAAUUGGUCAGGUACUAAGUGUGAUACAGAUAUAAAUGAGUGUGACAACACUGAUCAGUGUAAAAAUGGCGGGAAUUGUACAAAUACAGACGGGGCCUUCAGUUGUAACUGCAAAGAUGGCUGGACAGGGACAGUGUGUGACAACGAUAUUGACGAAUGCACGAUGUACCACUUUUGUCAAAACAAUGCCACGUGUUUAAAUUUACCAGGUACCUUUCACUGCACAUGCGCAACAGGAUACAGUGGUGUACAGUGUGCUCAUGAAGACGACCCGUGCAUCCCUACUAACCCGUGUCAAAACGGUGCAACAUGUAACAGAGACUCUUCCGGUCAGGCCACUUGCAGCUGUUUGCCAGGGUAUUUUGGUGCUCUUUGUGAUAAAGGUCAACCAAACACAUGUGACCAUAUUUGCACUCUGCAGUCUUUGGCGUCGCAACAUUCUCUCCAGAGUGCCAACGCCGCCACGUGUUCUAGUUCUUCAUUUGGUUCGAACGAGGCGCUACCUAUGCAAUGCUGUUCAACACAGGCAUCUAGUUCUUGGACCAAGGGCCCGGACGUAAUGACGCAAUGUAACAGUGGAACUAUGACACCAUAUACUACUGUAGCAAUAUUCAGACCCGAUGGCACGGUCGAACCGGAAGCGGCUGGUAUUCUUACAGAAUGCCUCAGUGGUAGAGCAGGAUUUUCGAUUGUUCGCCAAGAUUGUACGUCCUUGCCAACCCUUAUCCAUGUCAACGGAACAGCUGUUGGUCAAGUUGACAACAACCCGAACCAUUACUCAAUCGUGUUGUGAAACAAUUUUCAUCUAACGCGUGUUGUGUAAUGUUUGACUAAACUUGAGAAUAAAUUCAAUCCCAAAUUA